UCCGGAUCCAACAACUUCGACAUGGCGGAAUACUGGAAAUCAGCACCUCGCAUUUGGUGCAAACAAUGCAAGAUCUUCAUUCGCGACACGCCUUUCGAGAAGACCCAACACGAAGCCAGUCCAAAACACCAAGGCAGCCUUAAGCGAUUCCUCCGUGAUAUUCACCGGAACAAUGAACAGCAACAAAGAGAGACACAGCGAGCGAAAAGUGAGGUCGAACGGUUACGACAGGCCGUUGCAGGCGGUCCCUCGAAUAGCGAUCCCAAUGGCUCUGCGCCUUGGAAGAAGACCGCUGCGCCUGCACCCAAGCCCGCCGAUCGCCCGGUCAGCAUGGAGGACCGAAAGAAACAAAUGGCGCAGUUGGCUGAAAUGGGGGUAGCGAUUCCGGAUGAGUAUCGCGGCGAUAUGGCCUUGGCCGGUGAAUGGCAGACGCUCUCGGAGACCAAGGUUGAGGAUCUCGAAGGCGCUGCGAAAUCUAUCGGAGUCCGUAAGCGCAAGCACGACGGUGAAGAAGAAGAGGAUGAGGAAAAUGAUGAUGGUGGGAAUCCCUCCGAGCGACUUGUGAGCAGAGGGUGGGGUUCAAGGAUGAGGACGUACCCCGGAGCGGAGAACGACGACGACGGGGACCUGGAUGCUCUACUUGCGACUACGAAGGACUUGAAAAGGUCCAAACCCCAAGUCCCAGAUCUCGACUCGGAAGAGUCAAAAUUAGUCGAAGAAAAGAAGCCUGAGCCUGCUUCUUCUGUGCCGAAAGAGGAAGAGGUCGCGGAGUCUAAACACCGGGAGACCGACAGCUCUUCACAAGUGAAGAUGGAGGAACCUGGCAAUCUCACUCUUCCGUCGGCUGAGGAGAAGUCUCAAAUUCAAGAUGCACCAGGGCCUAUCUUCAAAAAGCGCAAGGCCAAGGUCAUGAGGAAAUAAGCCAAAGCAAGACACGACGAGGCUUUUCUCAAACCACACAAUUUACUCAUAUCAUACAUGGAAAGAUGAGACUACCCGAUACACAUCGCGUUCAGGCCUUAUAGCUUGCCCAUCAUAACGACUCCACGAUGUGUUGGAUACACGACUGGUCUGAACCUUGAACGAAACCUCAGCCGCCUUCAGAGCCGCAUUGCCAUUGUUGUCUUAGACACACUGGCCGCUCGCACAGCCAUUGCCGGUCCGUGGCCAAGUACUACUUGCCUGCUUACUAUCUGGCAAAUUAUCGGAGAUUCCCCGUCGAUUACUAUCCGAAACCGACGGGUGAGGCAGUUAGGGAUACAUAAGUAGGGAACUAUGUAUGCGGUGGGGUUAUCCUUUUUUCCGCUCCGCUGAAUCCAACAGGCAAAAUAGUGCCUUUACUCUAGAGUUGCUGCGCAGCCUAUGAGGUUUUCGAUGAGAAUGAACUUUUAUUAUACUAGAUUAGUUUUUGAGUCCAAACAAAUAUACUAGAU